AUGGAUUCGGACGACCAAGAGAUGCUCGCCGCGCUUUUUGACGAGGAAGUCGCCCCUGCCUUCAGCGGCGAACAGGAGCAUCAACUCAUCGUCUCGUCGCUUCUUGCCCUCAUCGCAAGAUGCAGAGCCACCGGGAAGGGGAGGAUCGAGGAAGUGCCGCCGCAAGAGCAAGGUCAGGCAAAGGAUGGAAGGCUACUAAUGUCUCGGAAGCUUUUUUUGAAGAUUGCCAAGUACCUCCAGGAGUACGACAAUUACUUCAAAUUGAAAAGGGACACCGUCGGCACACUCAGUUUCACAUCAAUUCAGAAAUGCACGGUAUCCCUCCGUUUGCUUGCGUAUGGAAUUCCUGCCGAUACACAGGACGACUACCUCCGCAUGGCUGAGUCCACGGCCAUCGAUUGCAUGUACAGGUUCUGUAGGGCAAUUGUGGCGGUGUUUGGAGAGCAGUACUUGAGGACACCCACUGCAGAAGACACAGCUCGGAUCAUGGCACAAAAUGCAGAAAGAGGAUUCCCAGGCACUGCUCCUGCGGUGAACUAUGAGAUCAAUGGCCAUGUGUACAACAAGGGAUACUACCUGGCAGAUGGCAUCUAUCCAAGAUGGUCGACUUUUGUGAAGACGAUCUCAAACGCACCCGCAGGAGGAGCAAAAUCUUGGCUUGCGAUGCAACAUGAAGCAUGCAGGAAGGAUGUCGAGCGGGAAUUUGGUGUGUUGCAGGCUCGAUUUUCCAUCGUACACUACCCUUCUGUCACUUGGUCAAAAGAUCAGAUGUGGGAGGUCAUGACUGCCUGUCAUUGA